CGAAAUAAAUUGAAGGAAAAUAUCCUAAGCAAUAAGGAACUCGAGAAAACCGCUGCCAAAAUGUUGGUCGGUUCGCAUCCGUAUCUGUGCAAUGGAGCCCCCGCUGCCCCUGUGGCCGCUGCCACGACACAAACCACAACAACGACGGCGGGCAGCAAAAGUGCCGCCGGCUCAGCAACGGAUUUCUCCAUAGCCGCCAUAAUGGCCCGCGAAGAUGCCUCCAGUCGGGAGUCCUCCAUUCGCAGUGCAAGUCCCAUUUCGGUGGAGGAUGAGGUUGAUGUGGAUGUGGUUGAUUGCAGCGAUGCCGAAGAGCCGCCAGCAAAGGCUCGCCGUUUGAACCAUCAUCAGCAUCACCAUCACAGUCACAGUCACAAUCACCACAAUAACAACAACAAUCACAGCAACAACAACAAUAAUGUGACACACAAGAGUCGGAACAGCGCCGGCGCCGUGACUCUGACAACAGCAGCAAUUCCCUCUGAAUCCCAACUAAACACCAGCUCCACCAGCAGCCAAGGACGCUGCUCCACACCACCCCAAUCCCCCGGUACAGAGGACAGUGAGGAGCGUCUAACACCGGAACCAGUGCAAAAGGCACCCAAAAUCGUUGGCUCCUGCAAUUGCGAUGAACUGAAGCCAGUGCAAUGCCAUCUGGAGACCAAAGAGCUGUGGGAUCGCUUUCACGAGCUGGGCACCGAGAUGAUCAUCACCAAAACGGGCAGACGCAUGUUCCCCACUGUGCGCGUGAGUUUCUCGGGUCCGCUACGUCAAAUUCAGCCCGCCGAUCGGUAUGCCGUCCUCCUGGACAUUAUACCCAUGGACUCGAAGCGGUAUCGGUAUGCCUACCAUCGGUCCGCUUGGCUGGUGGCCGGCAAGGCCGAUCCCGCCCCACCAGCCCGCCUCUACGCCCAUCCCGACAGUCCCUUCAGCUGCGAGGCGCUGCGCAAACAAGUUAUCUCCUUCGAGAAGGUGAAGCUGACUAAUAACGAAAUGGAUAAGAAUGGACAGAUUGUUUUGAACUCUAUGCAUCGCUAUCAGCCCCGCAUUCACUUGGUUCGUUUGAGCCAUGGCCAGAGCAUUCCUUCGAAUCCCAAGGAGCUUCAGGAUUUGGAUCAUAAAACCUACGUCUUUCCGGAGACUGUGUUUACCGCAGUCACGGCCUAUCAGAAUCAGCUGAUCACCAAGCUAAAGAUCGACUCGAAUCCGUUUGCCAAGGGUUUCCGUGACUCCUCGCGGCUAACGGACUUCGAUAGGGAUCCCAUGGAGGCUCUGUUGCUGGAGCAGCAACUCCGUUCCCCCCUGCGUUUAUUCCCCGAUCCGCUGAUGCAGCAGUUUGCCGCCCAGCAGGGUGAUCCCGCUUCGAUGGCGCUGUUCGAGAAGGCCCGCCAGCAUUUGCAAAUGUUCGGCGGCAACUCCCCCUACGCCCAGUUGAUGAUGCCGCAGAUGUACCAGGCGGCAGCAGCAGCGGCAGGUCCUCCACCCCCACCCCCCGGACUGGGAGCCUUUCACAUGUUCCAACAGCAGUGGCCUCAGCUGACGGCCGGGUUCCUGGCCAGCGCCAAUCAGCAGGCGGCCGCCGCUCAAGCCGCUGCCCAAGCUCAAGCGCAGGCGCAAGCGGCCGCAGCUGCUGCAGCAAUGGCUGCCAACAGGACGCCCCCACCCCCGCCCACCGCGUCAACGCCGUCGUCCACCUCGUCGGGAUCACCGUCGCCGGAUAUGCGACCGCGUCAGUAUCAAAGGUUCAGCCCGUAUCAGCUGCCCGGGGGUCAGGGGCCGCCCUCCUCGGCUGCCGGUUCACCGCCGGCGGUGACGCCCUCGCGCAGCCCCGCCCACUAGGUGGUAGCCGCCCCUAAAAAGCCCUCAAUUUCUUGCCAAGAGCAGUAUUAAAAAAAACUAUAAACACUGAGGUAAAAAGUUGUGCUUAAAUCAGAAAAUUAGUAAAAAAAAAAAAAAAAGUCGAAAAAAAAUAUUAAAAAAGUGAAUGAAAAAAGGUUUUGUCUAAAAAGUAAUAUUAACAUUUUGUUUUAUUUUUAAAAGAAAUAAAAAAGUUAAUAUAUUUUUUGGCAUCUAAAUUUGUUUUUAUUAAAAUUUUUGUUGUACUUUUAAAAUUUCUUGAACAAAAACUGUAUCUCAAAAGUAUCAAGAAAAAAUAUUCAAUAUAAAUUUAAAGCCCAUACAAAUAUUCCCUUAAACUACCAAGAUUUUCCACCACUUUUUGCCUCAGUGUAUGCAGUAAACUAAAAGAAAGAUUAAAAAAAAACUUCGUUUAAAUGUUGUAAAUUAUUUGUUGUUUAUAAAGAAAGCUAAAAACAAGAAAACACUUUUCUCUAUUUGUUGUAAAAAUUUUGAAUUAUUUUUAAGCUGUACAGUUGUCUUCUCACAUUUCCCCUUAGAGAAUUUUUUACAUAAUUUAGUUUAAUUUAUUGUACAAAUGUUUCAUAAUAUUGUUCGAAAACUCAUCUCAGUGUAAAGUUAGAACAAAAUUCACUCAAAAGUUUAAAGAAAAUAAGCAAGAAAAAAAUUAUAUAUAUAAAAAUACAAAAAAACUCAGCACGAUUUGUAAACUAUAUAUAGCUAUAUAGUGUAAACAUUAACCGUUAGUUAUGCUAUUACAUCUAAUGAUAUAUUUAUAGUAUUAACAAUAAAUUCAUAGACGCUUCAGUUAGUUCUAUUUAUGCGGCGAAAGCGAGAAGAUUUAUUUAGCAUAAAUUAAAGAAGAGUAAACCAUAAUCUGUAUUCAAUGUGAAAAGCUAAAAACAAGUGAAAAACACGGAAAAAAUACUUCAAGAAAAAUUAUUAAACAAAAAAAUUACAAAAA